CUUGGGUCGCCUCUCGGCGGCAUGUUUAUGAAUUGGUCAUGAUUUUUGUGUGUAAGAGUACAAGUCGAGAUUGAUGGCUGUAAAUCUGUAAGGGUCACCUGGGCAAGCUGUCAUAGACGUAGUAAACUCUACCUAGUGGACUCUGGCAAGGAUCAGUGAACUUGGCUUCGGACCACUUUCAUCACCUUUCCUUACCAAUUUCAGCUUCGUUCUAAGAAUGAUUCUCCGAUGUCUUCGACCCGUUAAGCCAUUCUUCUUCUCUGCGCGACUCCCGCUGGUCCAGGGUGGCUGUUUUCCCCACCAGCCCAUUCUUACCCUCCGCACCAAUUCCAUCAUGCCUCUCGCCCGCUCUAAUGAUCCUCUCGUCUGGAUCGACUGCGAGAUGACAGGCCUAGACCCAGACCACGACACAAUCCUCCAAAUCUGCUGCUUCAUCACCGACGCCCACCUCAACCUCCUCGAACCCAACGGCUUCGACGCCGUCAUCCACCACCCAGACUCCAUCCUGGACAACAUGUCAGCCUGGUGCAUCGACGUCCACGGCCGCACAGGCCUGACCGCCUCGGUGCGGGCCUCAACGACCAGCGCCGCCGAAGCCGCCGACUCGCUGCUGGAUUACAUCCGCCGCCACGUCCCCGCCCAGCGCACCGCCCUGCUGGCCGGGAACAGUGUCCACGCCGAUAAGGCCUUUUUGGCCCGUGGCCCCUACGCAAAGGUCCUGGACUACUUGCAUUAUCGGAUUCUGGAUGUGAGUAGUAUCAAAGAGGCGGCACGACGCUGGGGGAGUGAGGAGUUGUUACAGCAGGUGCCUGGCAAGCGGGAGGUGCAUUUGGCGAGGGAUGAUAUUUUGGAGAGUAUUGAGGAGAUGCGGUUUUAUCGGGAGAGGUUGUUUAAGUAAAAGGUUUUUCUUUUUUUGGGAGGUGGAUGCUAGAUUGAUUCGUUAUGUUUAAUACCAAUUGAGUUCUGUUGGGGGGAGCUCUCUGCUCCGUGGGGCAGUUUUUAUUUUUGGUUUCUCAUUGGAGUAACUGCACGGAGUACGGAGUAGUUAUGGUACCUUCGAGGGGGCGUGCCAUUGUGAUUGGUAUUGUUAUCGCCAAAUGGGGAGGGAGAAUGUCUUCUCUUUUACGUUGAACACGG